AUGAGCCAAAUUGCUGAGGAUCCGAGAACUCGACGACGUCAACCACACUAUCGGGGAAAUUCCGAAUUCAAGGUCAAAAUCGAUAUUCCUUUCUUUGAUGGGCAUUUACAUAUAGAAGACUACCUUGAUUGGGAGAGGGCGGUGGAGAACUUCUUUGAGUACAUGGAAAUAGAUCCCUCCAAACAGGUCAUGUCUGUCGCCUGCCGAUUGCGAAGCGGGGCUAGCGCGUGGUGGGCUCAACUCUUAAUGACUAUACAGCGAGAAGGGAAGGGAUCCGUGCGUAGCUGGGUCCGAAUAAAGCAACUCCUGCAUGCUCAGUUCCUAUCCACUGACUACGAGCAUAUUCUCUAUAUGAAAUACCAACAUUGCUUACAGGGCAAUCGAUCCGUUAACGAAUAUAUCGAGGAAUUUCAUCGGCUCAGUGCUAGAAACAAUCUCAAUGAGACAAUGAACCAACUGGUUGCCCGGUACAUAGGUGGUCUCAAAUACAGUAUACAGGAGAAAUUGGAAUUAAAUUCCAUAUGGUCGCUCUCUCAGGCGAUCAAUUUUGCAUUGAAAGUAGAAAUGCAACAACUCCGCGCUCCCCGAUUCAUGAAUGCACGUAGCAGUCCUCAGUCUGCUGACCAGAACAGAGGAACUUUAGCAGCAGCUAAGGCGUCCAGUAGCAAUUACAAGCCGGUAGUCCCCAGCCCUGACAACAAGAGUGCUCCAAAGGAAAAGGUUCCCGCCCAAGGAAAUCCGUAUGCAAAGCCAUCGACACUCAAAUGUUUCCGCUGUUUUCAACCCGGCCAUAAAUCCAAUGAAUGCCCCCAACGCCAACAACUCCAGUUCCUUGAUACGGAAGAGGGGGAAGAAACGACGGGUCAGAAUGAGAACGAUGAAGCAGAAUUUGAAGACCUUGAAGGAGAUGAGGGCGAACCUCUAAUGUGUGUCUUAGAGAAACUGUUAAUAGCUCCCCGUCAAGAUAAUACUUCCCAACGUAAUGCUAUUUUUAAGACACGAUGUACCAUUAACGGUAAGGUCUGUGACCUUCUCAUCGACGGCAGUUGCACAGAGAAUGUUAUAUCCCGAUCUGUCGUCCACGCUCUCCAACUUAAAACUACAAAGAACCCUCAACCGUAUAAGAUCAGUUGGGUAAAGAAAGGAAUUGAUAUUUCCAUGACGGAUAUGUGCCAAGUCACAUUUUCUAUCGGGCGGCAAUAUGUCUGCGAGGUACUCUGCGACGUAUUAGAUACGGACGUCUGCCACUUGAUACUCGGCCGACCGUGGCAGUUCGACGCUGGUGUCACGUAUGACGGCCGCGCUAAUGUAUAUUCACUAGACUAG